ACAUAUUUAGUAUAAUUUCUCUGAUGCUAAGCAUAAUAGUACAAGAUAAUCCUUGACUUAUAAGGAAUCUUUCCCAUAUUGAUCAGAAGAACGAAAAGGAAGGGUUAGUUGCUUCUGAAAUCUCCUCAUUCCUCAAAGGCUAACUUGAAUCACCGGUAAGACUGAAAAGGUUUUCUCUGCUGCUUAAACAUAAGGACACAUUAGCAACUCUAGAGUACUCUAGUUUGGGAUGGAAGAAAGUGAUCAUAACGAGCAAGUUUCGGUUGAAAUCCACGAGUCAAACAAACUUUUGGCUUGUGCCCUACGAGAUAAACUACGUGAUGAAUCUCCCUCCUUGUCUGAAAAUUGCAUCUUCAAGGUCCCUUGGACACUCAGACGACACAAUGAGGCAAGUUAUGAACCUAAGAUAGUCUCUAUCGGCCCUUUUCACCGUGGGAAAAAUAAUAGACUUGAACCGAUGGAGGAAAUAAAAAGGUGGUAUAUGCAUUGCCUACUGGCCAGCUUACCUAUUCCUCCGGAAGAAAGUUUGCAACUUUUCGUUCAGAGCAUUAGAGAGCUUUCAAAACGCACAAGCAAUUGCUAUGGAGAGAAGAUUGAUUUAAGCGAGAGCGAGCUUGUGGAAGUUAUGAUUGUUGAUGGUUGCUUCUUAAUUGAGCUUUUCAGAAAAGACACAUGGUUAGUGCCUAGACACAAGGAUGACCCCAUAUACAACACAGCCUGGAUGCUUGAAAAUUUCUACCAUGAUCUGAUUUUGCUUGAAAACCAGAUCCCUUGGUUUGUUCUAGAGUGCCUUUUUAACCUAACGGUGUCUGUUCACGAACAAGAAGACGAUUUCCUAAUCAAACUUGUCCUUAGAUUCUUCGAAACCAUGAUGCUAAUGACCGUACCAGGUGAUUACAAACCAAGAGGUCGUGAAAUCAAGCAUAUUCUGGACUUAUUACGCAGCAGUUUACUGUCCUCAUCUGAAGACAUUGAACAUACAAACACAAACUGGGAAUUGUUUCCCUCUGUAACAGAUCUUUUGACGGCAGGAGUUAGUUUCAAAAAGGGAACUCCUGAUGACAUCCUAAAUAUCGAGUUUUUGAAGGGAGUGUUUCAGAUCCCUCCCAUAAGGAUCCGGGGGAAUUCAGAGUCGUUGUUUCGGAAUCUCAUUGCGUAUGAACAAUGUGAUCGCCACUGCACCGAUAAGUUCACUUCCUAUGCAGUGUUCUUGGAUUGCCUCAUCAACACAAGCAAGGAUGCUGAUUUGCUGGUUGAUGAGAGAAUAAUAGCACCUGGGUUGAGUACUGAAGACGUAUCCAUUCUCUUCAACGGGCUUUACAACGACACUCUUGUUUAUAAUUUUUACUAUGGUGGCCUAUCGCGAAAGGUAAACGAGUACCAUAGGUCUCAAUGGCCUACGUGGAGAGCGACUCUGAGGCGAGAUUAUUUCAACAAUCCAUGGUCUAUCUCUUCCUUUAUAGCUGCUAUUCUUAUACUUGUUUUUACCUUCUUACAAACCUUGUUUGCCAUCCUUUCAUACAAAAAUACCCUUCCAUUCUAAAUUCUGUGCUACAAUAUAUGAUUGUGGCAAUGCCAGUUAUUUUUUUUGUUCCUCUUCUCAUUGUCAUAUGCUUGUAUGAAAUUUGGGUUUUAUCUUGUUAAGAAAA